GUUUUCAUCAUAGACUAAACCUUUCUCUCACCUUCCCUAUUAAACCCUAGAUCUUCCUCGUCGUCUCUCCUUUUCGCUCCGCCGGUGCUUUACAUUUCUGACUUCCGACGAGUAAAUGGCUGCCUCUGCUUCACCUUCGCUCCGUACGUCGAAGCUUCGGAGCUCGGUACUUUCUUCUCUCUCUUCUAAGCUUCCUCUUUCUUCGGCUUUUUCUGUUAAUUUUCGUCCUCGGAGUGUUGGCGUGCCGCGGUUUGUUGUGUUGGUUUCUGCGUCGUUGAAUGCGAAACCGACGGUUCUUGUUGCGGAGAAGCUUGGUGAAGCGGGUGUUGAUCUCCUUAAGGAGUUUGCUAAUGUGGAUUGCUCCUAUAAUUUGACUCCUGAGGAGCUCUGCACCAAGAUCUCGCUCUGUGAUGCGCUUAUUGUGCGGAGUGGGACUAAGGUCAGCCGUGAAGUGUUUGAAUCCUCUGGAGGGAGAUUGAAGGUUGUUGGGAGGGCUGGUGUUGGCAUUGAUAAUGUGGAUCUGGCGGCCGCCACUGAGCAUGGUUGCUUGGUGGUGAAUGCUCCGACUGCGAACACGGUGGCUGCCGCUGAGCACGGAAUCGCGCUUUUAACUGCAAUGGCCAGAAAUGUUGCCCAAGCCGAUGCGUCUGUCAAAGCCGGGAAGUGGCAACGCAACAAAUAUGUCGGUGUAUCACUUGUGGGGAAAACACUGGCUGUAAUGGGAUUCGGCAAAGUUGGAUCUGAAGUUGCUCGUCGUGCAAAGGGUCUUGGCAUGCAUGUAAUUGCCCAUGACCCAUAUGCCCCAGCUGAUCGUGCUCGUGCGAUAGGCGUAGAACUUGUGAGCUUUGAUGAAGCCAUUGGAACUGCGGAUUUCAUCUCUUUACAUAUGCCUUUAACUCCAUCCACGUCAAAGAUUCUUAACGAUGAAAAUUUUGCGAAAAUGAAGAAAGGAGUUAGGAUUGUGAAUGUUGCUCGUGGAGGAGUAAUUGAUGAAGAAGCUCUUGUGAGGGCGCUGGAUGCUGGAAUUGUUGCUCAGGCUGCACUUGAUGUUUUUACUGUGGAACCGCCUCCUAAGGAUAGCAAGUUGAUUCAGCAUGAGAAUGUCACUGUAACUCCUCAUCUCGGUGCCAGCACAAUGGAGGCUCAGGAAGGAGUUGCUGUUGAAAUAGCUGAAGCUGUUGUUGGAGCCCUCAAAGGGGAGCUUGCAGCUACUGCCGUCAAUGCUCCGAUGGUUCCUGCAGAGGUGUUAACCGAGCUGAAACCAUUUGUUGAACUCGCUGAGAAAUUGGGAAGACUAGCUGUCCAAUUGGUAGCUGGAGGUAGUGGUGUGAAAACUGUGAAAGUGACAUAUGCAUCCUCUAGAGCUCCUGAUGAUCUUGACACCAGACUUCUUCGUGCCAUGAUAACCAAGGGUCUAAUUGAGCCGAUUUCGAGUGUUUUUGUGAACUUGGUGAAUGCUGACUUUACUGCCAAACAGAGAGGACUAAGGAUAAGUGAGGAGAGAGUCGUUCUGGAUGGAUCACCUGAGAAACCAUUAGAAUACAUUCAGGUCCAGAUUGCCAACGUGGAAUCCAGAUUUGCCAGUGCAAUAUCAGACACCGGGGAAAUUAAGGUGGAAGGACUUGUGAAAGAUGGAAUCCCUCACCUGACGAAGGUCGGUUCUUUUGAAGUCGACGUUAGUCUGGAAGGUAGCAUCAUACUGUGCAGGCAGGUUGACCAGCCAGGUAUGAUUGGAAGAGUUGGAAGCGUUCUGGGAGAAGAAAAUGUUAAUGUGAGCUUCAUGAGUGUCGGGAGGAUUGCUCCUCGAAAGCAGGCAGUCAUGGCGAUCGGUGUCGAUGAACAGCCCAGCAAACAAGCUUUGAAGAGGAUUGGUGACAUUCCAGCAAUUGAAGAGUUUGUUUUCCUCAAGUUGUAGGAUGGUGGUGGUCAUGAACUUGAAGGCCCCCACCCCUACCUGGGUAUUUGGAUACAUUACAUUCCUACAUGUUUGGCCCCAAUUUUGACAGUUUUCGUUUAAAUAAGCUGGUUGGUUUGUUUUCUUUACUAAGUUGUUUGAAGAACGAGUCUUUAUUCAC